AGUACUAAAAAGUUUAUCACACUUUUGGAAUAUUUCGGGCUACCUGUGGUACUCAUGUAUCGUGGGCUCAUCUAAGAAAAUGGCGGACGAAAAAGAAGAAGAAAAUUGUGAACCUUCUUUGGAAGAGGGAAAAGGCACCACCUCUGCAUUAACCAAGCAAGAAAAAMUAGCAGCAGCCGUAGUUUUAAAGGACGAAGGAAACGCUUUUUAUAAACAAAAGGACUAUAGAAAUGCAAUGAAAAAAUAUCACAGAGCACUUCUCUACGUGAAAGGUCUACAUGCACAACAUCCCUUUGCAGGAUUAAUGGACAAUGGUGACAGUGAAAUAAGCGAUGAUUUAAAGCAAAACGUACAACAAAUAGAGUCAAGCUGCCAUAACAAUUUAGCUGCGUGUCACGUUGCUACAGAAAGGUGGCCAAAGGUGGUGGAUUAUUCUUCAAAGGUUAUAGAGCACCAGCCCAAUAAUGCCAAAGCUUUAUUCAGACGUGGUCAAGCGUACAUGCAUUUAAAAGACUUUGACAGAGCAAGAGAAGACCUGGUUAAAGCAAAUGAGCUUGAGCCAACAGACAAUGGUAUCAAAAGAUCAUUAGCAAUACUGGACAAAGAACUGAAGAAAGUAACAGAGAAGGAAAAGAAAACUUAUGCAGCAAUGUUUGAAAAAAUGUCUGUGUAAACAAAGUUAACUAUAUUGUAAAAAUCACCUCAUUUGUUCUUGAUAUUAUUUCAUUGUUGCAAGGUGAUAUCAUUUGUAUGUUAUAUGCCAUGUACUAUUGAAGUGUUAUUAAACACAAGCUUUCUAAUA